AGUGUCAUUCGAGCGAGGUCCCGAGUUAAGUUGAUGGUCGACGCCCUGAACUUAUAGUAAAUUAAUAUUAGGUCGAAUUUGUAACUUGUAGUAAUUGUAAGGUUUGAGGUUAAAAAUAAACCUAACUAAAUUAAUAUUUUUCAAAUUAAAAUAAUAUAUUUAAAAAAUUUGUUGUGAUUAUUAUCAUGGGUAAAAAAGGUGUCGCUGGUGUUAUUAUGGACUGUUAUAACGACCCCUUUAAAUGGUCUGUUGUGAAGAGUAUCACAUUUUUUGCAGUUGGAAUAAUCAUUGCAAGUGAAUGCACUGGCCUUGAAAUGAUGCCUGCUAUUCCACAAUAAGGAAAAUACAAUUUUUAAAAAUGUUUAUUUUUUUAGCUGUUACCUUACUAAUCUUACAAACAUGUUCAUGUGACAAGAAACCAAAUUUUGUUAUAUUUCUCACUGAUGAUCAAGAUGUUGCCUUGGAUGGAAUGAAACCUAUGAAAAAUGUGCAACGGUUCAUUGGAAAUGAGGGUACAACAUUCACUAAAUCUUAUGUGACUUCGCCUAUCUGUUGCCCAAGCCGUGCAAGUCUCUUGACGGGUCUCCAUGUCCACAACCAUCUUACAUGGAACAACAGUUUGGAUGGUGGAUGCUAUGGAAGAUUCUGGAAACGACUAGAAACACACACUUUUAGCAAUACAUUGAAUGCAGCUGGUUAUAGCACCUUUUAUGCUGGGAAAUAUUUGAAUGAGUACGGUGUAGAAGCAGCUGGUGGCCCUCAAACAGUUCCCCCUGGUUGGACAGAGUGGCACGGUCUGGUAGGAAAUUCAGUCUACUAUGACUACACCCUGUCCAACAAUGGAGUACCAACACAUUCCACUGAUUUGUAUCUCACUGAUGUUAUUCGAGACCUGGGCAUCAGCUACAUCGAGAACCAGACGGAGUCGCAGCCCUUCCUCAUGGUGCUGGCUCCCCCGGCCCCGCAUCAGCCCUUCGAGCCCGCCGCCAGGCACAGAGACGCCUUCCUCAAUGUUACUGUCGUUCAACAUCCCAACUUCAAUGUUGCUUCAACGGAUAAACAUUGGCUGAUCACAAUGCCCCCCUCCCCGCUACCUCAGAAUAUGAUGGGAGAGUUGGACAGAGUAUAUAGAUCCCGCUGGGAGACUCUGUUGUCUGUGGACGAGAUGGUGGCUGAUAUUGUGGAAGCACUUGAUACCAACAAUCUAUUAGAGGACACUUACAUCAUUUAUACUUCAGAUAAUGGAUACCAUAUUGGCCAAUUUUCACAAGUGUACGACAAACGUCAGCCUUACGAAGCUGAUAUAAAAGUACCACUGCUGAUCCGGGGUCCAAACAUCCAGAAAAACUCAACUGACAACCAACCUGUAUUAAACACUGACCUGGCACCAACCAUCCUGGAGUUAGCUGGACUCGCUGCAACCAAAUCUAUGGACGGGAGGCCGAUCAAAUUUGCAGAAGAUAGGAAUAUAGAAAGGAAGAUGCUUGUGGAGUAUUAUGGAGAAAGUAGAGAUGGCACGGUGGACCCGACGUGUCCCUGGACAUAUGAUUAUCAUAAUUUGGCCCAAUGUUAUCCUCAGUAUGAUUGUAAGUGUCAGGACGCAAAGAACAACACGUUCGCGUGUCUGAGACAUAUCUCAAGGAGGAUCGAUAAGAAGUAUUGUGCGUUCUCAGAUGAUAAGAACUUCAAGGAAAUGUACGACUUGUCCAAAGACCCGUAUGAAUUAGAGAAUAUAAUAGAAGACCAGCUGCCUUCUGUACGACACUGGUACCAACUGACCUUGACUCACAUGCUGGCCUGCAGGGGAGCAGACAACUGUGAUAACCCGCUUGAGAACAAGAAGAUCUUGUCUGUGUUUUAAAUUUGUUAAUUUAAGUAAUAAAUGUACAGUUAAAUGAAAAUUA